GGGGUCUCUUCCUUCCUCGCCUACACCACUCAAGCUGCCUCUCUCUUGCUUUCGAAUUCCUUGUUUGUUCCAGACAAACUCAUCUCUCUCUCUCUCUUUCACACACACACACACACACAAAGGAAGGGGAAGAAAAUGAUGCAAGAGUUACUUGUUGGAGGGGGUGGAGGGGCAAGGAUGGUGGAGAAGUGUAUGGUAAUGGGGGAGCAGAGGAAGGCGUCGCCGGACUUGGUGGCUGCUGAUGGGCAGCAGGCGGGACUGAGGUGCCCGCGCUGCGACUCCACCAACACCAAGUUCUGCUACUACAACAACUACAACCUAACCCAGCCCCGCCACUUCUGCAAGUCCUGCCGCCGCUACUGGACCCAGGGCGGUGCCCUCCGCAACGUCCCCAUCGGCGGCGGAUGCCGCAAAAACAAGUCCUCACUCGGCCGCUCCGCCAAGUCCAAGCCUGAAGCUGCUUCCACCACCAACACCACCACAAAUUCCAAGACCAUGACAACGACGACGACGUCGACGACGACAACCACCACCCCUGCUACUGCAGCAGCCGCCAACUCCGCCCUGUCUGAUCAUGAGCCAACCUCAUCUUCUUCCAGCGUUACCGCGACCACCUCACCAUCCAUUCUAACGCCACAAACAUCUUCGAGCAUCUCCUCUUUCUUGCAGAACCCGCAAUUCUUCGAGUCGACUCACAACUAUCUUGGGUUUCUGAAGCCCGGGAGCAUGAAUUCCUCGAUGGUGUUUCAAAAGUCGGUGUCGGAGGCUCAGAAUCUGGAACCCGUCAGUGCAAUCAAUGGCGGCGGGAUGUGGAGGAACGGGAACCGUCAGGCACCGCUUUUCCAGCACCACCAGCAGCAGAACCAGGUGGGGUUGGUGACAGAUCAGAGUGGAGUCUUUGGUAGUAGUGGUGGUGGGAUUCAGGAGUUGUAUCACAGGCUGAGAGCCAUGAACAGCAGCAGUUAUGGCAGCUUAGAGCAGCACCAUCGCGUUCAGCCGAUGCUGACCGGGAGUUGGGGCGUGGACUCUACCCCGCAGUUGGCCGUCGGAGACCUUGGGUUAUGGGGUGCUGCUUUGCCGUGGUCCGAUUUGCAGUCUGCCGCCGGCGCAUCUUUUCCUUGAAGAAGCUCCUUUAGGGGCACCGCCUCACUCUUUUUUUUUUUUUUUUUUUGGUUCCUUUACCCGACGGCAAAUGUAAGCAGUAGCAACUACAGUGGAUUAGUGAUUGUGGUAUGAUUAUGUGUGCUUUGUUUUCGUUUUUUCUGCUUCGCUUUUAAAUCUGGUUCUUCUUCUUCUUCUCUUCGGAUAAUGUUAAGGGAAGGAAUAGAGAAACGAAACAGUUCGGCGUCCCUUCUCCAUGAAUGCUUUGAAAGAAUCGUGGCGAGAGAUUGUCUUCAGACUAUUUCUGAAUCAGAUUCUUUGUGGGACUCGAUGCAUUAGAGGUGGAGAAAGAGAGAGAGGGCGGCACGCUCCCUGGCACAAUAAUAGGUGCAGUAGACAGGUGAAUUUUGGGGGGAUGUGUGGGGGGCUCUCAUCUGACAUUCGUUGUCGCUUCCUGUAAAGAAAGAUGAAACAGCCGUGCGAUUGAAGCUCUCUAUUUCCCUCUAUUCUGUACGGGAAUCGGGGGUUCUUUGGAGCAGAGCGGCAUUUCAAGCCUUCACCGCAUGCCUUUGAGCGUCAUUUUUCAUGCAAAAAUUCGUUGUUCGGCGUGUGCCAUCCGCUGAUCUUACCCUACUACGCAACGAUUCAUGUAGAAUAUAAUACAACAUUUUAAUUUUGUGA